AUGGGCCAAUCCUUAUCUGUUGUCAACUCCUUCAUAUUUCCGGCACCACCGCCAUCGUACACCUCACAAUUAUACGAACUUAUAUGGAUUCCAAAAAGGUUCGGAUACGAUCCUGACGGUAGUAGGAAGGCAACACCUGGAUCUUUCCCAGUACUCUAUUUACCUUCACCAGUGCCCUCAAACGUCGUAUUAAUCUAUCUACAUGGAAAUUCCUGUGACAUCGGACAGGUAAAGCCUGAACUAAGGCUAAUCAGCCAUGAAAUUAAUGCUUCAGUCAUCGCAGUCGAAUACCCAGGAUAUGGAGUAUCACCAGAAGUGACUGUAGCGAACGGAGAGCUCAUCAACUGCCGUGUGAGGGCAACAUUUAACUUCCUUACCUCAUUAGGCGUUGACCAGAAAUCGAUCGUUUUUUUCGGUAGGUCCAUUGGAACAGGUCCGGCAGCUGCUUUGGCGGCGGAAUUCAAGAAACGGGGAAUCCAAUGUGGAGGGGUAAUACUCCAGUCGCCAUACAUAUCAAUACACCGGAUCAUUGAGGAGUACUUCGCAUUGGGAACAUGGCUAGUGAGCAAUUUCUGGGAUACGGAAAAGGCGUUAAACGAAAUGGGACCAACAACACCGUUGCUCAUUAUACAUGGACUAGCAGAUGAAAUUGUACCGGUAUACCAUGGGCAAGCGCUUUACGAGUCAUACCAAAGUGAGCUUAAAAUGGCAGAUUUUCAACCAAAUUCGAAACACAACAUGUACUCCAUUAUUGACGACCUAUGCCUACCUAUUUCAAAGUUUCUCAACAACCUCAGCUUGUCAAAAGAUAUGCCGCCUGUUAACCUGAAACUACCACAAUGGUGCCUGUACAGCUGCCACAAACUAGUCAGUGGGCAAACCAUCAUGGAACGCAGCAGGAACACUGGAUUCAAACAAACACAUAUGAAACAAGUGAUGUCUGCUAGGGGAGAUGACCGAUCUGCGAGACGUGUAUUUUCAAGAAACUACUCAAUGAACGACGGUGCCUAUGUUGUAUGUAAGAACCCAGACUCCGCAAGACGAAGCACACCAGCCACCGAAUCGCCAAGAGAUAUGAAACCACAACCAUCUGUAGUUACUGACGACUGUGCAUCGAAGGGUUCACAGAGGGAGGUCAAACGUACAGUAUCUAAGACAAGCUUCCAGUCGUCGCUACAUGAACUAUGCGAAAACAACGUCAUUACAACCGACGACAUCUCUGUUAUCGUAAACGAUGCUAUAGAGAGGGCGUCCAACUUGUAG